UUAAAAUGUCUAUAACAUAUGUUUUUAUAUUUAUUCACAUGUUUACAAAGAAUAACUCGAUUUAGGCAAACAAACCCCGCUUCAGUUUUUAUUGCGUAAAACAAAAGAAUUAAUUUCCAAAAUUCCUACAGAUCCAUGGAUAAAUAUAACCACACCAAAAUCUGGCCCAUCAACAUAAAUUGUCCGCUAUAUUUGAUAACAAUGAGCGUAGGAUUGUUAAAUCUAGCCUUAAAUUUGUAUGACUACCGGACAUCGCAGUUGUGCCUUAUCAUCCCUUCGGCCUUUAUGUUGGGUCACACCGUACUGGUUUUCAUUGUCUUUUCGUUCCCAAUUUCGACAAGAUAUAUGGUUCCUUAUAUUUGCGGGAUUAAUAUCUUUGGGGGAUUUAUUAUCGGGAGUGGAGCUGUCAUAAGUGUUUUGAAGGAUGCCACCAUUUUUGAUGAACUCAUUCCAACAAAUUUGUCUGCAGAUAUUUGCGGAUUCUUUCUUUUGCCAGUGUUAUAUUUUGCUGUGGGUGUGUCGAUUGUACAUCAACAAUUCUAUGGGUUAAAUAUCCCACCCAGUUUAACUGGAAUGUCGUUACUUAAAACUGGGUAAAACAAGAAUAACGGAAUUUCGUGAAAGAUUUUUUUGUCUGACUUAAACAUCACGUUAGAGCAUCAUCACAAAUAUGUUAUCUAUAUUAUGUAUAAUUCGGAAUGUCCGUUGGUAACGCAAGUGAAGGCAGAGUAAGUGAGAACAUAAUUUUUUAAACAUCAACCAAAACGUGUUUUGAGAACAGAAAACAAUAAAAGCUACCGUAAAUGGAUUGAGUGCAUGAUAGAGUGCUUAGUUAAGUUACAAUUAGAUCCGCCACUUAGCAAGGUACAACAUUUAAUAAUAACUUUAUCAAAUUAAGGCAUCCUUAAGCAAGAAAUAAAAUUAUUUUAAUUAUUUA